GCGUCCCCCGAGACCCGCGGGUCACGGUUCCUCCGCCCGUGCGAGGUGUUUGGCGCCCGCGGCGCGCGCGUGGCUGGCGCGGCAGGUGUAGCAGCUCGUGCGCGGGUCCUGCCCCGGCUGAGAGAUGGCCCUCCCUGGGAACAGAGCAGAGCAGAAGGGAGACCGCAGUGACCGCCUCGUCCAGCUGUGUAACCCAAACAUAGCGGCCAUGAAGGAGGACAUCCUGUACCACUUCAACCUCAGCACCAGCACCCACGACUUCCCGGCCAUGUUUGGGGACGUGAAGUUCGUGUGUGUUGGGGGCAGCCCCUCCCGGAUGAAAGCCUUCAUCAAGUAUGUGGCCACGGAGCUGGGCCUCGACCUCCCGGGCGGGGACUGUCCCAACAUCUGCGUGGGGACCGACCGCUAUGCCAUGUUCAAAGCGGGGCCCGUGCUGUCUGUCAGCCACGGCAUGGGCGUCCCCUCCAUGGCCAUCAUGCUGCACGAGCUCCUCAAGCUGCUGUACCAUGCCCGCUGCUCCGGCGUCAGCAUCAUCCGCAUCGGCACGUCCGGCGGCAUAGGGCUGGAGCCCGGCACUGUGGUCCUCACCCAGCAGGCGGUGGACGCCACCUUUCAGCCGCAGUUCGAGCAGAUGAUCCUGGGGAAGCGGGUGGUCCGCGGCACAGACCUGGAUGCGCAGCUGGUGCGGGAGCUGAUGCAGUGUUCUGCCGACCUGGACGAGUUCCCCACGGUCGUGGGCAACACCAUGUGCACCUUGGACUUCUACGAAGGGCAAAGCCGCCUGGACGGGGCCAUCUGCUGCUUCACGGAGCAGGACAAGCAGGAGUACCUGCAGGCAGCCCACGCGGCCGGUGUCCGCAACAUCGAGAUGGAGUCGUCCGUCUUGGCCGCCAUGUGCAGCGCCUGCAGCCUCCCAGCGGCCGUGGUGUGUGUGACCUACCUCGACCGCCUGCAAGGGGACCAGAUCCGCAGCCCCCACGAGGUGCUGGCUGAGUACGAGCAGCGGCCGCAGAGGCUGGUUUGCCACUUCAUCAAGAAGAGCCUCCGGGGGCCUGAAGCCCCUGCGACUCGGAGAUGAGCGUCGUCGUGGCUGCAAAUAAAACCACUGCCCACUGCCCCCGUGUGACCGCACACUGGAGAGCGAGGAGCCGGCGCGUGGCGGCGACGCCAGCACUCGGCCCCGGGCCUUCAUGUUCUGUGCGACACACAUUUCUGUUCCUUUGAAAACUGAAAUAUUUCAGGCUUUUAAAUUCUACUGGUUGUCAGAAAUCUGAUUGCAGUGCCAGGAAAUUCACUUCCUGAUGCAGUUGUAGAAUUCUGCUCACCGCUUGUCACGAGAGACCACGGAAACUCGAGGGGCAGACACGGGUUGAGCAGCAGAUGCACCCCGAGCCCACGAACACGCGUGUCACAGUUGACCCCGAGCAACACAGGUUUGAGCCGCGCGGGCCCACUCAGA